GACGAGUAUGCCCGUCGCGAGAAAGUUAGAACGAGAAUUCCCGUUCCCGAGGAAGUGCUUGAGAAUGCCCAAGCUAAGGAGCGUAGAGAAUACCCGGCGCAGGAGCGGAGUAGGUUUGAGAUCGGUGGCUCGGAGCGAUCUGAUUUCGGCUGCCCGAUGCCUGCUUAUAUUGGCGAUGCAAAGAUCUCACUAGCGCUUCACAUGGAGAUACUGCGAACUAACGCUAGUCAGACACCAGUAACACAGUAUAAGUAGAACACUAAGCAUUAUUUUUUAUACAAAAAUAUUAAACUUAUUUAUGGAAUAGUUAUUUCCAUUUAUGGAAUAGUUUAUCAAAAUGUUAUCUGUGCUUGAUGUAAUGAACACAUGUAAAGAUUAUGUAAGACCUUUAAGAGAAGGUGAAGAUCUUUAUAAAAAUGGCUUGCUGAUUUGUGCUGGAAUAACAAAGAAAAAUGGAUCAAUUGUGGAAUGUCAAGGUUUAGCAACCCAAGUUUCACAUGUUCAUGAGCAUCCACAUAUAAUUAAUGUAAAAAUUGACUCAAACAAAACUGCUGGUGAACGUAUAAUAGAAGGAAAAUGUUCCUGUAUUGCAGGAGAGUCUGCCAAAUGCAAACAUUACAUCGCAUUAUUGCUUCAUCUCAGUAGAACUAACGAGGAUGAUCUCGAUGAUUUAAGUUGCACAGAUAUAGAACAACAAUGGGGAAAGCUUGACAUCGUAUCAAAAAGAAUAUGAGGCACGACGAGUUUUAGAAUUGUGCCAUAUCAAUAAUCAACGAGAUAUAUAUGCCACUCAUAUACCAGAGAUUACAUCGGAAUUGGAAGAGAAAUGGAAAAAUAUUUUAAUACGUUGCAAGUCUCUAUAAUAUUGAAUUUCUUUUGAAUUAUUUACUUUUUAUGUUACUUCAUGUUAGCAAAUUGUUAAUAUGAAAUACUAGAAGUUAACAAAAACUUAAUUGAAGAUGAUUCCCAAUUAAUGAAUUGGUUUCUUGGUUUAUAAAGCUUGACAUGAAAAUAAACUGAAUAUAUAUAUAUAUAUAUAUAUAUAUAUAUAUAUAUAUAUAUAUAUAUUAAUUACAAAAAAA